AUGGGUGGUGAUUAUAGGCGGAGUGCGUAUAGAGGGGUGGAGAGCGAUGGAGGGGAAGGUCGUUGGGGGGGCAGAGGAAGGGGUGGUUUAAGCGGGAGAGAGCGAGGGGAGAGGGACAAGGGGGGACAGGCGCGGGAGGGUUCAGGGUUCAGGGACAGAGGGGGGUUUAGCGAUGGCGAUGGCGAUGAGAGGGUUCGUUAUAAGGAGGACCGAUAUGCGUAUGGAAGUGCGGGUCGAGAGGGGUAUGGGAGGGAGCGAGGAGUUAGGGGAUAUGGAAGGGGAGAAGGGUUGAUGGGGAUUGAUGAGGCAAGGAGAAGCGAGAACGAGAGGCGAGAGGCGUAUGGGGAUGAAAGGGAGCGGUUCCCAAAGGGUUCAGAGCGGUACCAGGGGGUAAGAGAGCGGUACUCUGGGUAUGGCAGGGAGAGUGGGGGGCGAGGAGGCGGAGAGGGAGAGAGGGUGUAUGGGGGAAGGGGUGGGCGGAGGAUUGAGGAACGGUGGGGCGAAUCAGGGGAGAGUGGGGUUGAGCGGAGCGAGAGGUCGGGGGAUGGAAGGAGAGAAGGGGGAGAUGGGGAAGGGAGGAGGGGUUAUGGGGAGAGAGAGGGGGUCGAUUAUGGGAGGAGAGAUAGGGGCGGUUAUGGGGGGACAGAGAGGGCGGGAUAUGGAAGGGGGGACAGGGGCGAGUAUGGUGGAAGGGGCAGGGGGUCGUAUGGGGGGAGCGAGAGGAGUGUUUAUGGGGGGAGCGAGAGGAGUGGUUAUGCGGGAAGGGAGAGGAGUGAGUAUGGGGGAAGGGAGAGGAGUGAGUAUGGGGGAAGGGAGAGGAGUGAGUAUGGGGGAAGGGAGAGGAGUGAGUAUGGGGGAAGGGAGAGGAGUGAGUAUGGGGGAAGGGAGAGGAGUGAGUAUGGGGGAAGGGAGAGGAGUGAGUAUGAGGGAAGGGAGAGGAGUGAGUAUGGAGGGAGGGAAAAGGGUGACUAUGGAGGGAGGGAGAGGAGCGAGUAUGGAGGCAAGGAGAUGGGCGGAUUAGAAGAAAGAGGGAGGGAGGGGUACAGGGGAAGAGAGAGGGAUGAUAAUGGGGUGAGAGGGAGAGGGAGGGGGGAUUAUCGGGAAAGAGGGAGGGGCGACUAUGGGAGUACAGGGAGGGGCGAGUAUGGGAGUACAGGGAGGGGCGACUUUGGCAGGAGAGGAAGGGGUGGUUACGGGGGAAGAGGGAGGAGUGACAGUGGCAGGAGAGCAGAUACGCAGUCAGACUUCCAUCGCCGUCCUCGCGAAGAGGAACGAGGGUGGGGGCGGGCGAGGCUUGACGGACAGCAGGAGGAGAGGAUGCCAGAUGUCAAGGCGAAUGGAGUGCAGGAGGGGCAUCUGUCAAUGGACAGGGACUCACAAGGGGAUGGGCAUUCUCCGAAAGAAGGGCAUUUGCCAACGGAGGGGGUGAUAAGACUCAUGAAUGUGGAUGUGCCGUUGCAUGCCGACCCUGGCAAGGAUGACGUGGCAGUGAGUGAGGGGCUGGUGCGGGCGGCAGCUAUGGCGCUGCACGUGCGGGCGGAGCACCUGCCCUCGUCUGCUCUCACGGUCGUGCGCAAGUCCUUUGAUGCCCGCAAGGCCCCUGUGUUCGCCUAUGCCAUUGACAUCGAUGCAGCAGCGCUAGCGCAGGCCUUCACGCUCUCAGCCACGCCACCCCGCAAGCGCAGAGAUGUGGCCCUUAAAGCCCAGGUCGUGCUGCCUGAACCGCCCUUCAGCCUGCUCGCUGCCCGCACCCCUGCUGCUGCUCCUGCUGCUGCUCCUGCUGCUGCUGCUGCUUCUUCCACUGCUGAUAGUGUUGGUGCUGGUGCUGGUGCUGGUGCUUAUACCAGCAGCAGCACAGGUGCUCCCACAGGAGCAGUGGGGGCGAGAGACAAGCCACCGAGAGAGCGAACGCGCAACGUAGUGGUGGGGAUGGGUCCAGCGGGGUUGCUGGCAGCUCUCGUACUGGCAGAAGCAGGCGAGCAGGUGACAGUGGUGGAGCGGGGUCAGCCCGUGGAGGAGCGAGGGCGGGACAUCGGCGCUCUAGCCGUGCGCCAUGUGCUCAACCCAGACAGCAACUUCUGCUAUGGGGAGGGUGGGGCUGGGACGUGGAGUGACGGCAAGCUGACGACUAGGAUCGGGAAGAAUAGUCAAGAUGUUAGGGAGGUGCUGAAUGUUCUGGUGAGGAUGGGUGCUCCCGAACGUAUUCUUGUGGACGGGCGCCCGCACCUCGGCACCGACAGGCUCGUGCGCAUCCUGCAGCAGUUCCGGGCCUAUUUGUUAGGUUUGGGCGUGGAGAUCAGGUUCGGAACGGUGGUGGAGGAUCUGGAGGUUCGGAACGGGCGGGUGGCUGGGGUGCGCGUGAGGCCUGCUGGGAGUGUGGUGGGAAGCGGUGCAGAGGAGCGGAGUGUGAUGGCAGCGGAUAGGGUGCUGCUGGGGGUGGGGCACUCAGCUAGGGCGGUGUUUGACAUGCUGCUGUCUCACAACGUGCUGCUCUCCCCAAAGGACUUUGCAGUAGGCUUUCGUAUCGAGCAUCCCCAGCGAGAGAUCAACGCCAUCCGGUACCGGCGUUGGCAGGGCAGCAUGGACGUGGAGGCGGCAGUGGCGCGCGGCAAGGGACCCAUCCCUGUAGCCGACUACUCCCUCGCCGGCCAGUUCUCCCUUACUGGCGGCACCACUAGCAGUAGCAGCACUGGCAGCAGUGAUAGCAGUGGCAGUGGGCAGCAGGGGCGCAGCUGCUACUCGUUCUGCAUGUGUCCGGGAGGGCAGGUGGUGUGCACAAGUGUGACAGCGGACGAGCUGUGCCUCAACGGCAUGUCCUUCUCCAACCGCUCCUCGCUCUGGGCCAACGCGGCCCUCGUCUCUUCCGUGUCUGCUGCUGGUGGCGACUUUGACGAGUUCACAAGGGAGCACGGCGCCCUUGCAGGCAUGGAAUACCAGAGGGCAAUCGAGCGGCAGGCAGCCGUGAUGGGAGGUGGCAACUUCGUGGCAGCGGUGCAACGCGCCUCUGACUUCCUUCGAGGGUCUCUCUCUCCUGCGUCCGCCCUGCCAUCAUCAAGCUAUCGCCUGGGGGUGGCCUCGGCCCGCCUGGACCAGCUCUACUCGCCCUCCAUCACGCUUGCCAUCCGACUCGCUUUAGAGAACUUCGAUAAGAAGUCAUCUCGGUAUCUCCCCGCCUUUCCCGUUUUCCCAUCUCCCUGCCUCUCUAACCUUCCACCCUUCACCCACCAGAUGCCUGGCUUCAUCUCCCCACACGCCCUGCUACAUGCUGCCGAGACGCGCACGAGCUGUCCAGUGCGCGUGGAGAGGGGGGCAGAGAGCUAUGAGAGUGUGUCACUGCCAGGGCUGUACCCAAUAGGCGAGGGGGCGGGGUACGCAGGGGGCAUUGUGAGCGCUGCAGUGGAUGGCAUGUUGGCUGCUCGAGCCAUCCUCCGCACCACUGCUGCUGCUUCUUCUGAACUGACUGAAAAGUAA